AUGCAUGGAAUGUGUUGGGGGUUAGCGCUGGCAUGGCUGGGUUGUGUUCUGAUAGGGUUUGCUGUGGUAUUGGCUAGUGCCGAUAGCAAUCUAAAUGCUAAGAUAGCAGAAAAAGAGAUAGAGUUGAAUGCAAUGGCUAAUCCAGCUAAUCUGUCACACAGUCCAAAAGUAGAGGAGAUCAAGGAAAGAAUAGUUAUGGGCUUAAAAGAGUUCGGAAUAAUUGACGAGACUUCCAGAUACACCUUGUCAUGCGUUAGAACUCCAAACAGCACAACAAGCAACCAUAAAUUGGCUCUUACUUUCGGCGAAGGUACUAACCACAAUGUUAAAAGGUGUCUGCUUCGUUUGGUUUUUAAUACCGUCACUUUAAGUCGGAUCGAUACAGAGCAGUCGUUCAAUGCUGGCCAGCAAGAGUUAAGUUGGCAGAAAAUAGCAUAUCUAUGUGACAGGAAAUUGGUUUUGGGUGGGGGAAUAGUAGACAAACUAUCCCCGCCAUGCCAACUUCUGCUAGCUAUGCUGCAAAACAGGGAUCUGUUCGAUAUCAUGAUAGAAUGGACUGAAAAAGCAGACCUACUAAUCCGCACAUCACCACCGUGCACCCAGUCCACACCAGAAACCAUUCCAGACGAGAUGGAGAAGUUAGAGCUUUUCUAUUGGAUUACGAUCCCAAGAGAAGGGAAGCUUUUCAAGAAUAUCAUUAACAAGGCUCAAAAGAAAUGCAAUUUGGAUAGCAAGCCACGCAAGCCUAUUGAUUUACCAAAAGAAGAUGGGCAGAGAGAUUUGGUUCUUAACCCAUCAUCUAGCACCAACCCCAUAGAUUUGACAGAAGAAAAUGAAGCAAAUGCUGAGUUAGGCUGGCUUGAGUUGGGUUAG